AUGGCGUUCCCAAUACCCAGUCAUCUUCCUCGCGCUGGAAACCCGCCAGAUAUCUCAACAAGAAUCUUAACGAAGGUUUCAGAGACAACGAGCAAGACUCUGACCGCAACAGCAGCGUCGCAAUGGCUCGAAGAACUCGACGAAUCCAUACACCAAACAAGAACUCGGAUACAUGAGCGUGUACAUGUUGACCACGCAGCUUUCACCCGGCAACUGCUGUCGGCGAAGUCAGUUCAAGAGCGUUUGCAUGCAUUAUCGACGAACGUCGAGGUUCUGGAGCAUUCGUUAUCGGCUGAAGAGACAGGUCUUAUGCCCAAGCUUCUGCGUGCUUUGCGGGAGCGUGCUUCCCUCGCCCAAGAUGCCGCCAAUGCGCAUACAACACAUCAAUGUCUUGCACACCUGGAUCGCUGUCGAGUUGCCUUUCAAGAACUGUCCCAGUCAACAAUGGAUGGACGACUUGCAGACGCCGUCCGGAAUUCGACGUCAGUGGAGGCGUUGAUAUCUGGAGCACCUGCUCCUUUGAAUAGGACAGAGAUACUGAAAGAGCUUCAGCGCAAAUCCCGCGUUCUGAAAGAUCGGACGGAAGAGCUUCUGAACGAAGCAUACUCUCGCAGCGUCAACGUCUCUCCUGCUGAAAUGACAAUUUGUUCUUCCGUGAAAGUCCUGCAUUCCGAAACUACCAUAACUCUCUCCGAGAUUCUUUCGUCCCUUAAUGUGGCCUCCCUUGCAUCGCACACAAGCGUCUUGCGUCGCGCGCUCACCUCGCAAUACGUUGAACGCGUGCUCAGCCAACCCACCUCCAUCACCAUCAACACCUCGCCUGAUGGAAGCUCGCACACCUUGACCCUCUACCCCUCCCCGCCAAAUUCUGAGGACCUGUCCACUCGACUUGAUAACCUUGCGACCGUUUUUACCUUCCUGUCGAAUCACUUUUUUCCCGCCUUGCCCGACCCCGCUGCAACCACUUUCCCACAGUCCCUCACGAAACCGCUAACCACUGCUCUGCUGCAAAAGCUCCUCAUUCCAGCUUUGCCUUCAUCGCUUGCCGCUUUACCCCCCUUCCUCGAGCUCGCCCGGAAGUCGCGUCAGUUCGAGGCGGGUUACGUCGAGCGUGUUUUGAAGGACACCUCGGACGGUGAAGUGACCCAUUGGGUUGAUUCCGUGGGUGUGCACUACGAGCGCAAACGGCGCGUGGACCUGCUUGACCGCGCCAGGGCUAUCAUCACUGCAGCCGGUCAUGACGCGACGUUCCGAGCGGAACUGGUGACGGUGACACGUCCAGUGAAAUCGGACGUGAUUCCGGUUCAGCAGGACGUGCAGGUGGAACAUGAGGAUGAAGACGAAUGGAGGCCGGAAGACAGAUCGCAGCAUGCUGCAUCUGUUGCCACCAACGGGCACCCCGAGGUAUCAGCAGACGACGACGGUUGGGGAUUCGAUGACGAUGUGCCAGAAGAACCUCCGACGCUGCCCUCUACAACAGCAACGGCUGCUCAGGACCAGAGCGCUAAUGGACAUGGUGAACCUCAACCUGCAGAGGACGAUCCUGCCGACGCAUGGGGUUGGGAGGAUAACGAGGAGAACACAGUACCCGUAUCCCGACUUGAAAACGCGCCAGUUGUCAACGAUGAUUCUGCAAGCAACGGUACCAGCGAUGACGCCACUGCGGUCGACGAUCCAUGGGACGAUCCAUGGGAAGAUCCGCCUGUCGAUGCGAAAACUGCGCCUGUGUUGCCGCCGCUGAAAACGGAAUCAACACCACCUCCAGCCGCUCCUGUGGCUGUCCCCGUGCCCCAACCGGCCGCCCCGCCGAAGCGCGCGACGCGGUUGGAGAAGCUUGCGAUGAAAGGCAAGGGCGGCAGCAAUGCACCGUCGCCUGUCCCAUCUCCAAUGCCGACCUUCUUCCCGUCCCCGUCCCCGUCCCCGUCGCCAGCUCCCUCCCCCGUGCCUAACCCAGCCGUCUUCACGAGGAGUCCACCCACGAAGACCCCACCACAUCCAUCAUCUCACUUCAAGCAGGACCACCGGCCGCAUAACAUAGCCGUCGCGGUUCCCAUCAAGGAGACCUACCUCGUCUCCGCCCGAUCUAAGGAAAUUGUCGCCUUAUUUCACUCCAUAUUGGACGAAGGGAAAGCUUUGUCCGCAUCGCACGUCUUCGACUCGACUUCAUCCUCUGCCUCAACACCCGGGUCGCUGCUGCUCCAAUCGGCUCCCGCGGUUCUCGACCUAUUCCGUGCACUGUACCCCGUAAAGCACGAUCAAGAGUUGCGUAAAGCCUCGGGAAAAGCCAUGCGUUUCUCUAAUGACUGCCUCUGGCUGAGCUCAGAGGUCGCCAAAGUCGAGAAAGGAGACCAUAAACUCGACACCUCGACUACUGAGAGGAUACAAGAGUGCAAAUCGCGGCUGGAGGCGUUGUGCACGUGGUAUUUUGAGGCGACGAUCGAACGCCAAGAAAGCGCCAUCGACGCAGCCCUUGCAGAAACUGAUGGUUUCACCAAUCUCGCGGAUCAGGUGCGCUUCGAUGCAUGCGAGAACGUCGUCGGUCGUGUAUUACGAGACAUACGGACUGUCGGGCAUCAAUGGAAGGGUGUACUGACGAAGACCAAAUACCACGCGGCACUGGGUGCACUGGUCGAACACGCUCUGCGCCGCAUUCUCGCGGAUGUCUUAGCUCUGGACGAUAUUCCCGAGCUCGAGUCGCACCGGCUCAGCGAACUAUGCAAGAUCCUGAACGCACUUGAAGGUCUGUUCCUUGACAAUCCGGAAGAGCCUUCGCUUGUCGUUGCACAUGUUCCUUCUUGGCUCAAGUAUUCAUAUCUCUCCGAGUUACUGGAAGCAUCUCUUGCGGAUGUCACGUAUCUCUUUGACCAGGGGGCUCUGGUCGAUUUCAAGGUGGACGAGCUCGUCAAACUUGUCAAGGCGUUGUUUGCGGACACACCUCUCCGCGCGAAUACAAUCCAUAGGAUACUAAGCGGACAUCCUACAUCGCAUUGA